GUGCUGCUGGUUAGCAGUAGUCGUCAUCCUGAUCGAUGGAUUGUCCCUGGGGGUGGCAUGGAGCCCGAGGAGGAGCCCAACGUGGCCGCUGUGCGAGAAGUCUGUGAAGAGGCUGGAGUGAAAGGGACGUUAGGAAGAUUAGUGGGAAUUUUUGAGAAUCGGGACAGGAAACACAGGACAUAUGUUUACGUACUUAUCGUCACAGAAGUGUUGGAAGACUGGGAGGACUCUGUCAAUAUUGGACGGAAAAGGGAAUGGUUUAAGAUAGAAGAUGCCAUAAAAGUUCUGCAGUAUCAUAAACCAGUGCAGGCCUCAUAUUUUGAAACCUUGAGGCAAGGUUGUUUGGCAAACAACGGCACUCCUGUCAUGACCACGACGUACUCCGAGAGCUCCAUGUCUGACAUCAGAUGACUGAAGACGUCCCUAUGAGAGAAAUUUUGAAACAUAGACUGAAACAUGGAUUUCCCCCCCCCCUUUUUCACAUGCCUCCUCUAUCAAACAAGGCAUGGGCAGCAGCCUGUGGCAGAGCAAGUGUUAAGAGUGCUGCAAUUAGUGCAAGGUGGGAUUUUUUUUUUGUUGGCUUUUUUUUUUUUUUUGGCUUUUUUUGGAUAUGUAUUUUGUAAAAUACAUUUUGUGCAUGAAGUGCCCCUUUCCCGUUACACCGCUUCCAUGGCCUGGCGAGCGAGGCUGCCAGUUUCGCCUCUGCCUUGUGUUCUGAAGUGUCCCGUUUGUGUCAUCCCAGCCCCAGCCACUUUUUUUUUUUUUUUUUAAUUAAAAGACUUCAAAUGUGAGAUCAGCUCUUUAAGUCUUAGUCUGUACUGUAAGGUGCUGUUCAGACCUGUGUGGUGGUCACUUUCAGCGCGUAUGUAUAAACUUUUUUUAGAUGGAGAAUCUAACAUUUUAAUUUUGCAGGAAUAUUUUUUAAUCCUGGUCUGCUUCUGAAAAGGAGGGUUCAUAAUUAAUCUGUUUGCCUUUUGUUCUGUUUUUUUAAAACAAAAUACACGUUCUGUGACAGUGCUAGUGGCUGGGCCAGUUUACUCCCCGUUCAGUAUCUCCCGAUUUAGUGCAGUGACACUUAAGUUGAGGGCAGAGUUUCGAUCACCUGCAGACAUCCCUGCUGCUCCGUUGCUUCUCCUACAGCUUCCGCCAAUGUUUCUGCAUUUACAUCGAAAUGAAGCAAAAAGGAGUUGGUCUUUUAACACUUGGCCAAAAAUAAAUAGCCUCAGAAACGCUACGAUAGAAACUGAAUUUCAUUGUCUGUGGUAGGAAUCAGGGAUUCGAAGUGGGGUCAAAGUCUGACAAACUGGAGCGUCAAUCACCAAUGCUGUUCUGCUGAUCCUGCUGCGUUCUGCUGAUGUCUCUUCUUGUCCACAUGCCUUAUACCGUGCUGAACUGGAUACUUGUAAUUUGUGCUAAAGCAUCGGAUUGUAUUUACUGAGUGUUACUGCACGAACCUUCAGUUGGAUAACCAUGUGUGUCCCUGAAAAGAAGUCCUGGGGGAAAAACUCAGGUGUUCAAUCUCUUGUCCUGUGGUUCUGCGGCACUUACAAUUGCACCAUGGAGCAUGCUCAAAAACGUUUAAACUCUCCCUCCGCAAAAGGUACAGCUGACUCCCGAGCAGAAUUGCUAGUUGGAGACGUACACCGUUGAAUAGGAUAGACCCCUGAUGCAUUGGCACACUUCACAUGAUUUAUUUUUUUUUUCUUGUUGUUUUUAUUGAUGUAAGUUUCAUGCUGUCUUGAUUUGCCAACAGUGUUGUCUAGUUGGGAAAUAAAAUGGGAAGGGUUGGGGGCUGGGGGUGGGUUGGGACCGGUACAAGUUUUGGGAGGGGCAUUAAUUAAUCCCUGGCUUGAGACAAGAAGUAGUUGCUGAGUUCAGUAACUUCUCCUUUGUCAGAGCAUAGCCAAGAUGUGAAAUUAAAUCUGCAGUACUCUUUUUUUUUUUUUUUCUUCUUUUUUUUUUUCCUCCUCUUUAUUUAACAAAAAAUAUUCUAAUAAAUACUCACUGUUCCAGAGUUUUCUCUCUUCCCAAGAAGCGCUUACAAUAUGAAAAUCUGAUAGAAAUAUCCAUGGAGCCUGGUACAAGGGGGAAUGGUAUCCUUGCUGGUUUGGCAAGAAGCUGUUCAUUUUAAGAUCCUAUUCUGUUCCUUUACUUGUUCUCCUUGCUUUCAUCAGUGUGGAGUAGCAAGGCCAAAAGCAGUGCCAGUGAUCGCUAACAUGAAAAAACAGGCAUAAGAAAAAGCUGAGAGGCAUUAUUCAAGAAGUAGCUUGAAACCGAGCAUCUGGAAUUCAGCCUAAAUUACACCAGUUCAGUUCACUUCAACUUAGAGACGAAUGUACAAUCCUUUCUUACUCUGCGCUGAUCGGCCUGAACCAAACUCUCAAAAGGGCUUGAAUGUUGUAUCUGGAAGUGUACAAGAAAUAGAGACAGUCCGCUGUUCCCGAGCCGUGAGUGGCACCUAACACAGCCAUCUACUGCCUUCAACUGAGUUUUUGUCUUUACUGUACAAAUUAGUACGUUGAGAACGCUUUGCAGCAAAACCGCUGGUACUCCUGAAAGAGUAACUGCAGUUUUAAUAUCAACAGCAUGCACACUUUUUUGUUUUUAAACUAAAAAUGUUUUUACAGGGCUGUUAAACUGACAACUUAGGGUAGAAUAUUGUUAAUGACUUGCUAAUGGCUUAUUUGUUUGGGUCAGAAAAAAUAAAUUGUGCCAAGAAAGUGUUUUAAUGUGGCAUGAAUUGAUGCUGUUAACACAGUAACAUCGAGCGGCUGAUAUUAUGCCUUACUUAACUGGAAAUAGCUCCUGGGGUAGAAAUAGCCUUUAUUCAACAGAUGCGGAUUUCAAAACAGGCCUUAGCUCUGUGCUACCUGAAUCUCUCCCUGCACCACACGAAUUCCCGUCUUCCUCAGCAUCUGAGGUUCCUCUCUAGUAACUGGUACAGCUGCGUGCCCUAGCAGUUAAAGCGAUUUUAUCCAAAAUUAUAUUAAAUUGGUUCGGGACCGACAAUCAAACUACCUUUAUUAGUGACAAGAGUUGUUCUAAAGACGGCGCGCGCUCUCCAGGUUUCGCAGUACAGCCCAGUGCCUGCUUGAUGAAACCGCUUAGGGCUGCUGUCACGACCAACUGCUGAAAAACCCCGUAGGAUUAGACUCAGACCUCCAGCAUUGCUAAAACUGGUGCUAUAUUGAGCUAGUGUUGGAGAUAGUGGGAUUCUUACCUCAAACGACGUAGUGUCUAGCCUGACCCCUUAAAUUGAGCAUUACAAUGUGUCUCAGCUUCCCCUUGAAGAAUAACGUUCUUAGCUUGGCUUUUGACGUGGCUUUGAUCUUGCUCGGCACUGGUGUAUUUGUAGGUAAAGCAGAGGAAUGCCAAUGCUUCGUGUAGGCAUCCUGCAAGUUUGCAGCACAUUUGUCAAGUCGCCCUCGAGUCGCCGGUUUCGGAUGCCUGUCUUGGUUCUCUGAAAGCCGGUCUGGGAUAAAUGCCAGGCGUGUUGAUGAUGCAGAGAGGGGCUAAAGCCCUUCCGGCACACCCCUGGACCCUGGGGUCUCAUGAAAAACUUCCCGUGUCUUCUGCAACUUCUUAGGGGUAAUUUCUUUAAUAAGAUUGCUUCUUCCCAUGCUGCUUUUCAUGCGUGUAUUCAUGGUACGUACAAGGACACCUCGCUUGUGAGACAUCAAGAAGCAAGUCCGCCUGCACCGAGGAAGAGGGGGAAAAUUAUUGGCCCUUGAAACACCGGAGUACUGGAUUUCUCUAUGCACCUAAGUGCCACCGCAGGGUUGCAAGAUGAGUGAUGAAGUAAGAGGAAGAGGAGGACCCGCUGCCCAGCCUGGGGAGGUUCUCCAAGCAGUUCCCGCUCUUCAGCAUCGAUUCGCUUCCUCUGGUAUUGUCAAAAUUAGAAAUCCCCGUAUAGCGCAGUUGCAUCCUGCCGUCUGGAUUUUUAAACGUAUUUGAGACCUUAAUGGUAGAAGGGAAGUGCAUUCAGCGCUGAGACGCCACCGCUUGGCAUGAUUAUCUUUUAAACCUCAAAAUACUUACAAAAACCUGGAUCUCUGUCACUGGAAGUGUUUUGACAGGCUGGGUUGGAUUACUGCUGUGGCAGGAAAAUGUUAGCUGGUGGUUUAAGCCAACGCUGGGUGGCAAGUGUGCUGGCGUUUGUUGACUCCAGCAUGGGAGCGGGAGAAAGACACCCCCCCCCCCCAGGGAACCAAUGUCCCCCGCGGCUGAGG